UGAUUGGCUUAACGGACAAAUGACUUAUUUAAGUUAAUCAUGUUGAUUUUGCUACCUAUUGCCUUAUAGGAAAUGCAUGUAGUUUGUUAUCUGCUGUCUUUAAUACGUAACUAGGAGUGCAAGUUUGGUUUUUCCACCUCAGUUGUUAAAACAUGAUACCAUUGUAAAAUUGUUUCUAAAUAAUACAUGGCUUGAUGCAAGUAGGUAAUCAAGAACUCUAAAUGUUAUAAAUACAUGCCUGUCCCCCUCAACAGUGUGUCUGAUCUACACUGCUCCUCCUACAGCCCAUAUACAGUCUGUGCUCCAGCCCAGGAGGCGGCGGUAUUUUUUGGUGUAUAACGUAGGACGUCAACACCCAAAAGUGAAGACAGAGGUUGAAGAUUCGUUGAUUGGCUAUUUUAAGCAGGCAAAUUUGCCGGCGUGGUAAGCGGUCGCGCACAUUGGAGUCCCCCGUACGCUGCUGUUUAGCCUUCCCGCUUCUGCGCAGCUCAACCCGGCCAAAGCUAUCUAGCCUGCCCCCUGUGUCUAUUUGUCCCUUGUGAGCAGCAUGUCUGAUUACGGCGGUCUGCCGACAAACGGAGUCGGCGCUGGGAUGAAAAACGACGCUUUUGCUGAUGCAGUACAACGAGCCAGACAGAUUGCAGCUAAAAUCGGUGGAGACGGUGUUCCCUCAGUGAGCAACAACGGAGGAGCUGAGAACUAUCCAUUCACAGCACAGAAACGAUCCCUGGAAGAAGCAGAUGAACCCGAUGCCAAGAAGGUAGCAUCACAGAGUGAAAUUGAUUCUGCAUUGUCUAUUGGAGCUCAGCUGGCUGCCCUGUCGCAACAAAGUGUCAGGCCCUCCACAAUGACAGAAGAGUUCAGGGUGCCUGAUGGCAUGGUCGGUCUCAUCAUCGGCCGAGGAGGUGAACAGAUUAACAAAAUACAGCAGGAUUCUGGCUGCAAGGUCCAGAUUGCGCACGACAGUGCCGGCCUUCCAGAUAGAAGUGUUUCUCUGACCGGUUCACCAGAUGCAAUACAGAGAGCCAGAGCACUUAUAGAUGACAUAGUGUCAAGGGGUCAUGAAACAACCAAUGGGCAGUCAGGUUCCAUGCAGGAGAUGAUCAUUCCUGCAGGCAAGGCAGGCCUGAUUAUAGGUAAAGGAGGAGAGACCAUCAAACAGCUACAGGAGCGGGCUGGAGUUAAAAUGAUUCUUAUUCAAGAUGGAUCCCAGCCACCUAACGUAGAUAAACCCCUACGCAUCAUUGGAGACCCCUACAAAGUGCAGCAAGCAAAGGAGAUGGUUAAUGAGAUCCUACGAGACAGGGAGCAUGCAGGCUUUGGAGACAGGAGUGAAUAUGGAUCCAGGAUGGGUGGUGGUGGUGGAGGAGGAGGAGGAGGAGGAGGAGGAGGAGGUGGUGGCGGUGGCGGCGGCGGCAUCGAUAUAGCUGUGCCCCGCCACUCUGUUGGAGUUGUAAUUGGCCGAAGUGGGGAGAUGAUCAAGAAGAUCCAAAGCGAUGCUGGAGUGAAAAUACAGUUUAAACCGGAUGAUGGUUCAGGUCCUGAUAAAAUAGCCCAUAUUACAGGUCCACCAGACCAGUGUGAGCAUGCUGCGUCAAUCAUCACUGACCUGCUACAGAGCAUCCGUGCACGAGAGGAGGGUGGGCAGGGGGGUCCCCCAGGUCCUGGUGCAGGGAUGUCACCUGGUGGGCGUGGACGAGGUCGAGGCCAGGGGAACUGGGGUCCUCCGGGAGGGGAGAUGACCUUCUCCAUUCCUGCGCACAAAUGUGGGCUUGUCAUUGGCAGAGGAGGAGAGAAUGUCAAGUCUAUCAACCAACAGACCGGUGCAUUUGUGGAGAUAUCUCGUCAGCCACCGCCAAACGGUGACCCUAACUUCAAACUGUUCAUCAUCCGUGGGUCCCCACAGCAGAUUGACCAUGCAAAACAGCUUAUAGAAGAGAAGAUUGAGGCUCCAUUGUGUCCAUUGGGUGGGGGUCCGGGUCCUGGUCCUGGUCAAGGAGGCCCAGGUGGGCCAAUGGGUCCCUAUAAUCCCAACCCUUAUAAUGCAGGGCCCCCUGGUGGUGCCCCCCAUGGAGCCGCGCCUGGUGGCCCCCAGUUCUGUGCUCAGGGUUGGGGAAGUACCUACCAGCAGUGGCAAGCCCCAGGUCCCCAUGACCCCAAUAAGGCAGCAGCUGCAGACCAGAAUGCCGCAUGGGCAGCAUACUAUGCACAAUAUUAUGGCCAACAGCCAGGGGGUGCCAUGGCAGCCCAAAAUCCAGGAGCCCCUGCAGCAGCAGCACCAGGGGACCAGAGCCAAGCGGCGCAGGCCCCUGGGGCCCAGCCAGACUACACCAAAGCUUGGGAGGAGUACUACAAGAAGAUGGGCAUGACCCAGCCAGCUGGAGGGGCUGCAGCUGCUCCAGGUGCAGGUGCACCAGCAGCAGCCGCGGGAGGAGCUGCAGCUGGAGGCCAGCAGGACUACAGUGCAGCCUGGGCUGAGUACUACAGACAGCAGGCUGUCUACUAUGGACAGCCAGGGCAGGCGCCUGGACAGGGAGCUGCUCCACAGCAGGGACAACAGGCCCAGUAAACGAUCGGCUCAGUCUGUUGGAAGGUUGCGAUGGCUCUCUGGACUUGUUUGUUUUUUCUAUCAAGAAGUUUCCUUUUUGGCUUUAACAAGACAAGACCAUGGUUUACUCAUCAACUCAGACAUUUUCUAUUCCAACUUUUGUUUUUUUUAAAGUCAAAAUUUAAGAAAAAGGGAACCCAUUUUGCCCAUGCAUUGAACAAAGCACUAAAUAACUACUUGGGUUACUAUUCAGUUUGCCCCGUUCACCUCACCCACACCUUGCUCAUUUUUUAAAAAUGUGAAAUAAUAAAAAGCAUCUUUGUUUGCAAGCUAGCACAACACCAUCUCAACACUGACUCACAUUAAAAUAGUUUUUCCCCUUCAAUUUCCUGAGGGUAAAAAAACUGUCUAGCAGUAUUUUGAAUAUAUUCAGAAAUUAUGUUUGUAAGAAAAAAAUGCAACAUUUUUGGUCUUUUUUUUUUUUUUUCUUGGUACUUUUUAAAUCUCUUCCUUUUUUUUUAAACAUUCCCAGUGUUUUGUUGCAGGUGUAUUUCUCCCUGCCAUCAUGAUUUCUUAUUUUUAAUUUUAUUCAUUGUAAUUAUUUUCCUUAAGGUGGUCGUAUGUGUCUGUAUACAGUGUAUGCUACUGAACAGAAAAACGUGUGUAAGUGGGCUGUAAUAAGGCACAAACUGUCCUACCGAAUGUAGGUUGUUUUUGUGUGUGUGUGUAUGUAUGUGUGUGUAUGUGCUUGACUGCCCUCAUUUUAAUUUCUUUAUUGUUGGAAGUUUCUUUUUCUUUUUCCAAUAGGUUCCGUUACGGUAUUCAGAUUUUUUUUCUUUUUGUUUUUUUCUUUUUUUUUCUUUAGAUGUUAUUUUUUACAGCUUGUUUUUAAAUACCUAAAAUAAAACAUUCAAAUUACCAGUUUCUUUCUUGUUUGGUCAUGACUACCAUUGUGUUUGGAAGUUCGCUGUUCCCCAUUUUAGACCUAAUGCUAUCAGAUGAAACUCCCUGUUUGGUUAAUUUUAAAUGUGAUUCAUCAUGCUGGAAGUGACACUGAUCUAACAUACAUUCAUUGAUUCAAAUGUGUUUUAUUUGGAUAAACCCCUUAAGAUGUAUCACUA